AUGGGGCUGGCCAGCAGAAAUGUGGGGACGCUGGGGGUCUUGAGAGGGGCACCGCUCCCCUCUCUGUGGAGGUUAGCGCUGCUCUUUCUCUCCAUCUGGGAGCUGGAUGCACAAACCGCAGUGGAAACUAAACCCCUGUACAUCUGGCAAACAGGUCCGUGGGGUCGUUGUAUGGGCAGUGAAUGUGGUCCUGGUGGCAGCCAGAGCCGGGCGGUAUGGUGUGCUCACUCUGAAGGUUGGACCACUCUACACACCAACUGUGACCAGGCACAACGGCCAGACAACCAGCAGAGCUGCUUCAGAGUGUGUGACUGGCACAAAGAUCUAUACGACUGGCAGCUGGGUGCCUGGAACCAGUGUGUCCCGGUGUCGAUGCGCAGCGCCGGGGUGCAGCGCCCCGCUGUGUGCACCCGGGGGGAGGAGGGCAUCCAGACUCGAGAAGUGGGCUGUGUCCAGAAAGCCGACGGGGAGCCUGCAGAAGAUGCAAUCUGUGAAUACUUUGAGCCUAAACCUCGCCUAGAGCAGGCCUGUCUUAUCCCCUGUCCUCGGGACUGUGUGAUUUCUGAGUUUACCGUGUGGACUCCCUGUUCCAAAACCUGUGGGAUGGGCCUGCAGAACCGGAUCCGCUUUGUACUGGCUCCGCCACUGUUUGGCGGGGCGGCCUGCCCAAACCUAACCGAGUUUCAGACAUGCCAGCCAGGGACAUGUGAGGGAGAGGAAAGCCUCUACAGCCUCAGGGUAGGACCCUGGGGACCAUGUUCUGUACCAAUGCCAAGGCAAGCCAGACAAGCAGACAAACCACCCAGAGAGAAGAAAAUGAGAGAGAAGGUCCGGGAAAGGUUAAGGGAGAGGGGUAAGGUGAAGGAUCCAGAGACCAGAGAACUCAUCAAGAAGAAGAGGAACAGGAACCGUCAGAACCGCCCAGGAGGAAAGUUCUGGGACCUUCAGGUCGGCUACCAGACCAGAGAAGUGACCUGCGUCCAUAAGAGUGGGGAUACUGAAGCUCUCAGCCUGUGCUCUCAGGAGUCUCUUCCUGUGACCUACCAGGCUUGCGUCAUGACCAAAGACUGCGAUGUGACUGAAUGGUCUGAAUGGUCAGCUUGCUCCAAGGAGUGCUACGAUCCCAACGGGCCCAAUGGUGAGCGCGCACGUACCAGAAAAGUCAGCCAGUUCCCGAUCAACGGAGGAGCCGAGUGUCCAGAGCUGGAGGAGAAGGAGUCCUGCAGCCCCCAGGGAGACGCGGUGCCACCCUGCAUUGUUUACAGCUGGAAGACCACAGAGUGGACAGAGUGCAGGGUGGACGUGCUGCUCAGCCAGCAGGACCGUCGUCGUGGAAACCAGACAGGGUUGUGCGGAGGCGGGAUUCAGACUCGGGAGGUUUACUGUGUCCAGACCAUCAUGGAUACACCUUCCAACCUAGGAGCGAUCAGGAGCAAAGAAGCUGGAAAGGAACUGGGAGUCAGGUUAUUGAUGGCAGUCGGCACAUGGCAGCUCAGGGUGGCGGCCUCUGAGGUACCCAUGCUGGCGGCUGGAAGUGCAGCACAGGGAAGCCUAGACCAUCUGGCACAGAGUUACCUGAGCAAGACUAGAGAUUCUUAUUUAUUCCCCGUGGUGCAGAGGAAACCAUUCACCCAGUACCUCAGGAACCAAGGUUCAGCUUGGCUGGCAUUGCGACCAGUGGACAGUGAUCUGUGCCUGAGCAUUACCCCAAACACCACCCAGCUCUGCCAUAUAAGCUGUCCUGUUGAGUGUGAGGUGUCUUCGUGGAGCGCCUGGGGACCCUGUACCUAUGAGAACUGCCAGGACCAGACAGCAAAGAAAGGGUUCAAACUGAGGAAGAGGAAGAUCGUCAAUGAGCCGACGGGCGGGACGGGGAACUGCCCCCACCUAGUGGAAGCGAUACCUUGUGAAGACCCCAGCUGCUACGACUGGCUGGUGGUUAAACUGGAGGAGUGCAUCCCUGAUAAUGAGAAGGAAUGUGGACCAGGAACACAGAACCCUCAAGUGCAGUGUGUCAACAGUGAUGGUGAAUAUGUGGAGAGGCAGCUGUGCCGUGAUGCUAUCCUGCCCAUGCCAGCCAUCUGCGAGGUGCCUUGCCCAAAGGACUGUGCCCUGAGCUUCUGGACCCCCUGGUCUCUCUGCUCUCACACCUGCUCUGGAAAAAACACAGAGGGCAAGCAGACCAGAGCUCGCUCAAUCUUGGCCUACAACGCAGGAGAAGGUGGGAUCCAGUGCCCCAACAUAAGUGCCCUGCAGGAGGUGAGGAACUGCAAUGACCAUCCCUGCACUGUGUACCACUGGCAGACCGGCCCCUGGGGGCAGUGCAUAGAGGAUUCCUCCAUCCCUGCCACCAACACGUCCGUGGGCAGAACACGUGGUGAUGAUGCCUCCUGCUCGGUGGGGAUGCAAACCCGAAAAGUCAUCUGUGUCCGGGUCAAUGUGGGCCAGGUUCCUCCCAAAAAGUGUCCGGAGAGUCUGCGCCCAGACACCGUCAGGCCCUGCUUACUGCCAUGCAAGAGAGACUGUAUAGUCACCCCGUACAGCGACUGGAGCACCUGCCCAUCAACAUGUCAAACAGGUGGUAACACUAAGAAAAAGCAGUACAGGAAACGCAUCGUUAUCCAGCUACCAGCCAAUGGGGGACAGGACUGCCCUGAGGUGCUGACCCAGGAGAGAGAGUGUGAGGCUCCAUCUGUCUGUCAAGGAUUCAGAUGGAAAACCCACAAGUGGCGGCGAUGCCAGCUGGUGCCAUGGUCGGUUCGGCAGGACAGCCCUGGAGCUCAGGAACCUUGUGGGCCGGGCCUGCAGAUUCGGGCUGUCUCAUGUCGGAAGCAGGACGGUGGGCAAGCAGACGUCGAAGCUUGUCUAAAGUUUGCCAGCUCUAUGCCGCCUCUCACCCAGCUCUGCCAGCUGCCCUGCCAAGAAGACUGUCAACUCAGCAGCUGGUCCAGGUUCUCCUCCUGCACGGCCGACUGUGUGGGCGUCAGGACCCGCAAGAGGAUGCUAGUGGGGAAGAGCAAAAAGCGAGAUCAAUGUAAAAACAAUCAGGUGUACCCCCUGAGCGAGACCCAGUACUGCCCCUGUAACAAGUACAACGCUCAGCCUGUGGGCAACUGGUCAGACUGUAUCCUGCCCGAGGGAGGCCGCAUGGAGGGGCAACUGGGAAUGAAGGUCCAAGGUGACAUCAAGGAGUGUGGUCAAGGACACCGCUACCAGGCCAUGGUGUGCUAUGACCAGGACAACCGCAUAGUGGAGACGUCUCGCUGCAACAGCCACGGGUAUAUCGAGGAAGCUUGCAUCAUUCCCUGUCCGUCUGACUGCAAGCUGAGCGAGUGGUCCAACUGGUCACGCUGCAGUAAGUCCUGCGGCAGCGGCGUCAAAGUUCGCUCCAAGUGGCUCAGAGAAAAACCUUACAACGGCGGGAGACCGUGUCCUAAACUGGAUCAUGUCAACCAGGCUCAGGUGUAUGAGGUGGUGCCUUGUCUCAGUGACUGUGGGCAGUAUGUCUGGGUGGCAGAGCCCUGGAGUGUGUGGAAGGUCAGCAACGUGGAUGUGAAGGAAAACUGCGGUGAGGGCGUUCAGACCAGGAAAGUCCGGUGUAUGCUGAACACUAUAGAUGGGCCGUCUGAGCAGGUGGAGGACUACCUAUGUGACCCCGAGGAGAUGCCUCUGGGGGCCCGUAACAGCCGGCUGCCGUGCCCCGAAGACUGUGUGUUAUCAGACUGGGAAGCCUGGAGCCCAUGUCCACUGCCAUGCAGUGGGAACAUUACUCGAGAGAGAAGCGCUUCCCCGCUCCGGCAGCCCGGAGAAGGGAAGGAGUGUCCUCUGACUACAGAGACAGAGCCCUGCAGACUCAACAGCAACUGUUUCCACUACUCCUACAACAUCACAGAUUGGAGUACCUGUCAGCUGAGUGACAGAGCUGUGUGUGGAAACGGCAUCAAAACCCGCAUGCUGGACUGUGUGCGGAGCGACAGCAAAUCCGUUGACCUCAAGUUCUGCAAAGAGCUCGGACUGGAGAGGAAGUGGCAGAUGAAUGCUUCCUGUGUUGUGGAGUGCCCCGUCAACUGUCAGCUAUCUGAGUGGGCAGCGUGGUCGGAGUGCACACACACAUGUGGGCUUCAAGGCAAGCUGUGGAGAAGGCGGACAGUGAUCCAGGCUCCCCAAGGUGAUGGGAGGCCAUGUCCCUUGCAGAUGGACCAGUGGAAACCCUGCCUUGUGAAGCCCUGCUACAGCUGGAGAUACAGUGCCUGGUCUGAGUGCAAGUCUGAGGGGGCGAGGUGUGGAGAGGGCCUGCGCUUCAGGAACGUGUCGUGCUUCGUGUCGGAUGGCUCGGGUCUGCAGGAAAGCAGCCUGGUGGAUGAGGAGCUGUGUGGAGAUCUGGAACCUUCUGUGGAUGGAGAUACACACAUCAUACUGCAGGAAGCCUGCACUGUACCCUGUCCAGGAGAGUGCUACCUGACAGACUGGACAGUUUGGAGCCCGUGCCAGCUGAGCUGUGUGAGCGGAGACGACCUGGGUUUCGGCUCGGUCCAGGUCCGAUCGAGAGCCGUGGUAGCGCAGGACCCAGAGAACCUGCUGCAGUGUCCAGAACAGGAGCUGGAGGCCCGGCCAUGUACAGAGGGCCAGUGUUUUGAAUAUAAGUGGAGAACUGGACCAUGGAGAGGCUCAUCUCGCCAAGUCUGGUGUCAGCGCUCGGAUGGACUCAAUGUCACAGGUGGAUGCCCACCGACAGCCAAGCCAAUGGCUGACCGAUCCUGUGACCCACCCUGCACCAAGCAACGUUCCCUGUGCACAGAGGCGGGUGUGUGUGGCUGCGAGGAUGGUUACACUGAAGUAAUGAGGUCUGAUGGUCUGCUGGACCAGUGUACUGUCAUCCCUGUGUUGGAGAUCCCCACCGCCGGAGACAACAAGGCAGAUGUCAAGACUAUCCGAGCCUUCAACCCCACCCUGCCUGCAGCCAACACGCCUGGCAGGGCGGGACGCACCUGGUUCCUGCAGCCAUUUGGUCCAGAUGGGAAGCUGAAGACGUGGGUGUAUGGAGUAGCAGCAGGAGCAUUCGUACUGCUCGUCUUCAUCAUCUCCAUGACUUACUUAGCAUGCAAAAAGCCAAAGAAACCGCAGCGACGGCAGAUGAACAACAGACUGAAGCCACUGACUCUGGCCUACGACGGAGACGCCGACAUGUAG